CACAUCCUUAACUCGUAUAUUAUAAUUUAUUAUUGUAUUUAGUGGUAAAUUCGCGUUAAUUAUGAUUUCAUUAAAUUGUUAAAUUUAUUCGGAGUACAUUUUAUUUGGACAACAUUUCAAGAUGAACGUUAACGAAGAUGGGGUGACAAAUAAUAACGAAAGUGGCAAGAAACUUGACAAUGAAAAGACCACCAGUUUAUUCCUGUGUUUUGUUAACACUAUAGUUAAUCUUCACGUGAUCACUUUAGGCGCCACGACCGUAUGGAUAUCGCCGAUGGCAUCGAAACUCGCCUCGUCCGAUCCCGACGAAAAUCCUCUAGGCAGGCCCAUCAGCACAUUCGAGCUCUCCCUCGUGGGGUCCCUGUCGCAGGCCGGCAUGGUGAUCGGGCCUCUCCUGCUGGAAAAGUUCUUCGACCGCUUCGGCAGGAAGAGGUCCGUUAACAUCCUCAUGGCGUUGGUGGUGUGCUGCUACGCGAUACUGUCCCUUUCGCAGCACAUCUACCUGUACUACGCCGCGAUUUUCUCCAUAGGAAUCCUGCUGGGAGGGUGUUUAGUGGGAAUUUUUAUGUACAUAAGCGAGGUGACUGAGGACCAUAACAGAGGCAGUUUCAGUUGUUACAGCGGCGCUUUUAUCCCCGUUGGAAAUUUGUACGCUUUCAUCUUGGGCUCCUGUUUCUCAGCGAAAGUGUUUAAUUUGCUUUGCGCUCUACCCGCUCUAUUUGCUAUUGUUAUAUCUGUGUUAUUUUUGCCCGAAUCUCCUCAAUAUCUAAUUAACAUCUCCGAGAAGAAGGAAGCCCUGAAAGUCGUGAGGAAAUUGCUGGGAGCGCAUCAUUCUAGGGCGAUAAAUUUAGUCGCAACUGUCGAAUUGAAUACGAAGAAAAUAAACAAUAAUAAAGCGGGCGUAAUUAAAGAGUUGUUUGGCAAUAGGAGUUCGAGAAAUGGUUUUCUGAUUUGCUGCAUCCUGACUUUGCUACCGUUCUCAUCGGGCAUCCCUUCCGUGAUGUCCUACUUGCACACGAUUUUUAAAGAAGCUCAAAUAGACACUUUCUAUAGCACGCUAGCAGUAGGAUCGCUCCACAUCUUCUGCUACCUAACAGCUUCGAUAUUAGUAGAAAAAAUGGGCAGGAAGGUUUUACUGCUGCUAUCGAUCUCCGCUACUACCGUCCCGCUCCUGAUACUUAGCGUGUAUUUCUAUUUAAUCGACAUCGGAGCGCCGAUUGUCGAUGAUUUGAAAUGGGUACCGGCAGCCGGUGUGUUACUGCUUAUAUUGACGGCGACUACUGGCAUGUGCACGGUACCGCUGGUGUAUUUGAACGAAACGUUCACCAACGAUGUAAAAUCAACGGCGUUGUCCAUACUUUAUUUUAUCAGUACCACGCUUGUGACCUGCGAAAUUUUCCUUUUUCCUUUGGUGCAGGACCUCCUGGGGUUGUCGUGGUGCUUCGGGGCGUUUUUGGUCAUGUGCAUACCAGCUUUUCUGUUCGUUCUCUUAACCGUUCCGGAAACGAAGGGACGGAAUAUUUCAGAAAUACAAGAGAUGUUGGCCGGACGGAAGCUUUAUAGUAUUAGUUGCAAAUAAUUUAGUGAAUGUAAGGGUAAUUGAAUUUUAAUUGUUUAUGUUGUCCUUGUAGGAUUAGCGCUAUACAAGUACGCAGAAAGAUGUAAAAUUAUUUCGGAAAUGUUACUAAGAAUGUUUCUGUAAAGCGCUUGCUUUUUUGUAAAAUUUUAUAAAGUUCUGUAAUACAAUUUUAUACUAAAAUUUGUUGUUUCAUUAAAUUCUUACUUGUUUAUAU